UGAUUCUUAACAAAAUUAGUUUUCACUCAAGUGUAAGCAUUUUGUGUGCUUCUUAUUUUGUAUACUUAGCAUCGUGGCUAGAAGACUGACAAGUGGCAACCCACACACGUCAGUUCAGUAGUGAGUCUCACUGCAGCCCGUGAGAUGGACUCUCCGGUAGGGAAGUACAGUACUGCACAGUUUUGCAGCCCCAAGUUACAAAACCGCUUUGUUCGUCUGUUUAUACCCCUUUCUGACUCCCUAGGAAAAUGUUGGCAGAACAAACCCGCCGGAACAAAGCGCUCUCCAUCGGGUGCCUUGAAAAGGACCGCUGGAAAACCUUAUUGGGCGUCUGGCAAAGACGACUUUUCCUGGCGCGGCGCGGGUUCCUGCCUCUCGCGGCCUCUCCCUUCCGCCUUCGUGGGGGGACGAGAGAGCAGAGGCCGGAGGCACCGCGGGAAGGCCUGCCUCGGCUCCAGAGGCGGCGAGAGCCACACCGGGGGGAGGGGGCUGGGGCUGGCGGGCGCGAAAAGGCAGCCCUGCGUUUGCUGAGGGGGCCCUCAUAAACGUCUCUCUCGCUCGCUCGCUCGCUCACUCGCUGCCUCUGGAGCAGCAGCAGCGGCUCAGCCAUGAGUGCCGGACCCCGUAGCCGCCUGGAGACGCUGGCUUUGCGGAACCAGCUGAUCGGAUCUUCCUGCAGGCUUUUUUUCCCGGAAAGCCCCAUGAAGAUCAUCCAGGCAAAGAACCAAUAUAUCUAUGAUGAAAAUGGAAAUGCAUACCUUGAUUGUAUCAAUAAUGUUGCUCAUGUGGGACACUGCCACCCUGAGGUGGUCAGAGCAGCACAUCAACAAAAUCUGUUGCUAAAUACAAAUACUCGGUAUCUGCAUGACAAUUUGGUGGAUUAUGCACAAAGACUCGCUGAGACAUUACCUGAGAAACUGUGUAUGUUCUACUUCUUGAACUCCGGAUCAGAAGCCAAUGAUCUUGCUCUGAGAUUAGCACGGCAGUAUACGAAACAUGAAGACAUCGUUGUUCUUGAACAUGCUUAUCAUGGACAUCUGACAUCUUUGAUUGACAUAAGUCCAUAUAAAUUCAGAAAUCUGGGAGGCCAAAAGGAAUGGGUCCACGUGGCACCUCUACCUGACACAUACAGAGGAUUAUAUAGAGAACACCACGAGGCUCCAGCCAUGGCAUAUGCCAAGGAAGUGGAAAAAAUAAUUGACCAAGGACUUAAAAAAAACAGAAAGUUUGCUGCGUUUUUUAUGGAAUCUUUACCAAGUGUUGCUGGACAGAUCAUUCCACCAGAAGGUUAUUUCCAAAAGGCUGCAGCGCACAUACGCAAGGCGGGUGGUGUAUUUGUUGCUGAUGAAAUUCAAGUUGGCUUCGGCAGGGUUGGCAAACAUUUUUGGGCAUUUCAACUGCAAGGAAAGGAUUUUAUUCCAGAUAUUGUUACUAUGGGAAAACCAAUGGGCAAUGGCCAUCCCAUUGCUUGUGUAGCAACAACAAAGGAAAUUGCAGAGGCAUUUUCAGCCACAGGAGUAGAAUAUUUCAACACAUUUGGAGGAAAUCCUGUGUCCUGUGCAAUAGGAAUAACAGUUUUGGAUGUCAUUAAGAACGAACAGCUUCAAGCUCAUGCUCUCCAAGUGGGCAGCCUCCUCAUAGAACUCCUCAAUCAGCAAAAAGCAAAACAUUCUCUAAUUGGUGAUGUCAGGGGUGUUGGAUUAUUCAUUGGCGUUGAUUUGGUAAAAGACCAUGAAAACAGAUCACCUGCUACCACAGAAGCAGAGUUUAUCAUAGCACGAUUAAAAGAGGAAUUCAUUAUUCUAAGUACAGAUGGUCCAGGCAGAAAUGUACUGAAGUUCAAGCCUCCGCUGUGUUUCAGUGUAGAAGAUGCAAAGCUAGUUGUGGAGAAACUUGACAAGAUACUAACAGAGUUGGAGGAAGCAAAAGCCUAGAGAAGUUCAAUAUUUCAAAGGGCAACUACUCAGGUAAAAUGAUUGGAUAGAGUCAAAUGUUCAUUGA